GUCUGCGGGAGCCCGUGCGUCAAUCGACGCAGAAGCAUAAACUGAUGGUGAGGGCAUCACUGACGUUUAUGAAGCCACCGCCGCCAUAUUGACCAGUGGUAACCGGCUAGCUAGCUGGGUGAGGGAGCCAGCUGCUGCUAAUUCAGCUUCUAGGAUGUUUAGGGGGCCUCAGAUCCUGACCAGGUCUUGUCCCAUAAGGUCAUGGCUGCUGCUGAGAGAGUCCCACCUUGCUGCAGCCUCCGAGCACGCUGAUGCUGGACCGCUUGGAGCAAAUCAUGCGAAAGAAAGGAGAUAUGAAGAAGUACAUGACAGGAGUAAGGCUGGGUCAUCAUCGCCAACAGAGACAGUUUGCUGUUCAACACAGCCGUCUCUUUUUAGGGCGGACUGUGACUGGUAUCAGCUGAGAGGGGCUUCAUUUGAAAGCAUCGCAUCCAAAGCCGUUUUGUUAAGUCACCAUCAGCCUUCAGAACCUGCUACCAAACGAACAUCCGAUCCUGUGAGCGCUAACUGGGACAGUUACACAACUUUAAGACAGUGUUGGAGACAGCCUUGGGACGUCAGCCUGCCUUCACUCAGCUGCACCCGUAAGACUCAACGUAACCUUCUUCAAAGCCAUUUAUGUCACAGGCAGCACUUUGUUAGACCUUUUAGCUUCUCAACGAAUGCACUGCAGAUUUUAAGACACUUUCACAGUAGAUCCCAACCCCAUAGUGAAUCUUGUCGCCGGACCAGAAAUGUUCAUCAAGCUGCCCCUCGCGUGGCGGACAUCUGGAGAGACUGCUUAUCCCCUGUGAAUGAAAACAGGUGUCGACACAGGCUGCUGCCCAACUUGAAGCUCUAUGAGGCGGAAAGGGCAAGAAAAGAGGCAAGUCGAAGCCAGGGGAAGAACGAGGGGAGAUGGGCAUCGGUCUUGGUCUCUCUCUGCUCUGUUGAAGGGGAGCCUGCCUUCCUCUUCACCCUCCGCUCCAGCACCCUGAAGGGCAGACACAAGGGAGAUGUCAGCUUUGCUGGAGGAAAGAGUGACCCAUCGGACAGAGAUGUAGUGGCCACAGCGCUGCGGGAAGCCCGGGAGGAGCUGGGUGUUAAUGUGGCAACAGAGAGGGUCUGGGGCAUCCUGAAGCCUCUCAGGGACAUGUCAGGGAUGAUGAUUGCUCCCGUGCUCGCUAACCUCGGCCCUCUAGAAGGUUUGGCCUUCAAACCAAACCCUGGAGAGGUGGAGGAGAUCUUCACUUUGUCCUUGUCCCACUUAUGCAACCCUCAGAACCGCGGCUACACACACUUCCGCACCGGUGACAAGUACGGCUACACACUACCAGUGUUUCGAAAUGGAAAACAUCGUGUGUGGGGCCUGACUGCUGUCGCUCUCGACCAUACCCUAAAACUCAUCGUCCCUCCAUAACAGCGCAGUCACACACUUUUAUGGUUUACAUUCAACUUUCGUGUAGCAAAAUCCAACUGGGAAUCAUAAAACAAAAUAUUUCCUUCACCCACUUAAAAUAGAUUUCUUUUCUGGGUUUAUUAUGAGAACGCUCUUUCCUCUUGUGCACUUUCUGGGCCUCAGAUGAUUAAGAAUCUAUUGACUAGAUUAGAUGUAUUAAAUGGUGGCCAGCUGCAUUGAUGAUAAAUAAAGUAACUACAUCUAAUGGCUGAGCCAUUGCUAAUGCUACCUGAUUGAUUCUCAUAUAAAAACGUAUUUAACUCUUAUUUAAUUUUUAAAUGAAAAAUAUUUUAAUUCAUUUUCAGUUCUCCUGCACCAACAGUUCGCAGAUCAGUUUUUAAAUCAAGUUAAAUCAACGGGUCCUUGAGACGAAAGCCACACGGCUUUCACAUGAGACUUGAGUUUGUUAUAUUUGAUCAUGUCAGGUCAGAAAAACAGAACCACGGCCAUAACUUCCAGAGUGAUUCAGCCCACGCAUUUUUUCUCAUGUUGUCUGACACUAGAGCAGAUCUGGACUGUUACAAACACUGUAAAAUAGAAGCACAUAGUGAAGGUUUGGUAUGUUGAAGAACAAUGCAAAGAAGUUUGUGUGUUGAAAGUAUUCUCUCUUUAUUGUUAAAUCAGUUUACUGUUUUACAUGAUUGACACUGAAGCAAUAAAUAAUGCAAAAGGACAA